AUGACCAGCGUUAAAUUAAAGUUAAUGCUCUUUCUGCUGAAUUCGCUGCUCUCGGCCGACCUCGUGCAUUCCAGACCCUACUCCGACUACAACACUACUGAUAUUAUAAUGAAUAUAUCAAACAAUAAUACAUUUAACAUCCCGGUAGAUUCAAACUCGGAUACACUGAUCGUGGCUAACGAAGAGACCGCCGAGGAGACCAAUAAGAAUUCAAACACACGUAUGGAAGCUAUCGUCAACGCUGAACAAGACAGAGACGAGGAUUUGUCAGAGAAUAAUUAUCAGGAACAGAGCAGCGUUUUAGGCGUAUCCAAGAAUGAAGCGGAGGCUUUUGAGAAGCAGUUAAACAUAUCAAGCCCGUUGCUGGAGGAGAUGAUUGAUUCGGAAACCGACAGAGAAGAAACUCUCACUGAUAUUCUGUUCAGACCUGACUCUGAAUUCGCGGAGGCGGGACCCAGGUUCGAGUUUCUGAUCGCCGCUAAGAUCAAUAGCAGCGACGCUAAUGGCACUUUAAAAGAUCUCAGCCUUAGCGAUAAUAAUCUUGAUAAGAGAGACAGAAACAUCAGUGACGUCUUCAGAAAAGUGGACUAUGUGGAACUUGUGGAAGUUAUCAAAGCUGGUAGCGAAAACAGCAGCGCCUAUCACUUGGCGAACAUAACAGCACAUAAUAUUGACAAUGACUUAGCGCCGGACACAAUCCUUUCUAUGUUUUCAGGUUACACAGAUUUCGAGACUCUACUCCUUGCGUGUUUCGCGACCCUCCUGCCGCUACUCUGUAUACUGUUCUCAGUACUCUUCAUUAGGUGUUUGUUGAAACGUUUCUGGCCGAACGUCACCAUCACAGACACUUCCGGGUCGGAUAGUAGCGAGAAACGGGAGAAUCAGCAGUUGAAGUCCCCGGACGACACAGGAGAAGCGGGGACCCCGCCGGCGAACGGCUCCAUCUUCACCAUGACCCUCAAAAACAAUCACCUCAUUGUGGAAACUGAGGAGAGAAAUGACAUCACCAAGAACGGUCGAGAAACCAAGAUGAAGUAUUCCCCUGAUAACGACGGUAUAUUCGUCGUUGAGGUACAACAAUCAGCUGGAUAUAGACCCAUCAAAUCACAUGUAUCUUCUCCACACCAUGACCCUCAAAUAUCCACAAAUCAGGCGUUGAUUCAUCGCGUACCAGAAGAACUGGACAGGAAGAUUAUAAUGGAAGAGGACAGUGAAAGAAGCAGCGAAAAGUUCGAAAAGAGAGCGCUCGCGUUAUCCAGUACGGGACUGUCGAUAUCUGAUCUCAGUAUGUCCUCGAUCGGUUCCCAUAACGUUAGUUACUCAUACGGCAGUCAAAUGGGAUACGAUCAGGGCCCAUUUGGAUACCCAGUGUACGCUGGAUACGAAACCUCCAAAGACGACCUCGGGGAUGCGAUAGUCCACGACAGUUCACAGGAACCACUCAUCGGAAAGACUCCGACCGAUCCGGACAAACCUGUCGUGACCGCAGCGAUAUUUAAACAAGACUCCAUCAUAGGGAGCGACGCAUUACAGGGCCCGGGAUACUGCAUCGAAGGGUCCACGGACGGACCUUUAUUAUCAGAUGUUCAAGCACGAGAGGUGAGCCUGUUGAAACUGCACGAUCAGAAGGAAAAGAAAUUAGAAAACGGUGUUGCUGUGCCCAUGAUGGAAAACAUGGAGAAGCCAUCGUUCAGUAGAGCUGAUAGUCUACCAUCCAGUGCACAAGAUGAAUCAAAAAUAUCUAAAAUGGAGCCUAUUUACGAGGACGCUCACAAGGAGGCUUGGAAAGGCAAGCGGGGUUCGUUACCAACUAUCAAAACUAAUAUCUUAGAGUCCAUUCAGGCUGGAUCAAAGUUUGAGAAGCUCACUAAUGAGAUAUCUCCUGGUGAAUGUAGUUUUGAUGCUCCUCCCAUGAUCACCAUCACAGAGGAAGCUGAAGCGAAGUCUGAUACUACCAGUUAA